GCCACACCAAAAAGUACAAAUCACAAGGUAAGAGCCACACCAAAAAGUCAAAAACAUCCUCCACUCCUUCUCAUCACGCUCUCUGAGAGAGGACAUGGCCAGUUUUUUUCGCGCUCGGCGCGUAGGGGUCACGGCUGCCUCGCUCGCCGUCGCUGUAGGCGGCUCCUAUGUAGCACUACGUGAUCCUUACGUAUCCUCUAAUGAUCGGAAUGGCAGUGGUACAGCGCUAGAGGCAGUUCGGAGGAAGAUCACAGACCCUGUUGCGGUUAUACCUUCUCGUACCUUACAGGAGUCAUCUCUGAUCGCUGCUAAUUCUUCUAAUCCGCUCGACAUUCUUGUUGUCGGCGGAGGCGCUACAGGAUGCGGCGUCGCUCUUGAUGCGGUCACCAGAGGACUACGCGUUGGCCUUGUGGAACGAGAUGACUUCUCUUCUGGAACGUCGUCCCGCUCCACCAAGUUAAUUCACGGAGGUGUUAGGUACUUGGAAAAAGCAGUAUUCAAUUUAGAUUAUGGGCAACUAAAGCUGGUAUUUCAUGCAUUAGAGGAACGAAAACAGGUUAUAGAUAACGCCCCACACCUAUGCCAUGCAUUACCCUGCAUGACACCAUGUUUCAGCUGGUUUGAGGCGCUAUACUACUGGGUGGGGUUGAAAAUGUAUGAUCUGGUAGCAGGAAGACGCCUCCUUCAUCUUUCUAGAUAUUACUCUGCACAAGAGUCUGCUGAACUUUUCCCUACACUUGCAAGAAAGGGUAAAGACAGAAGCUUGAAGGGCACAGUUGUCUAUUAUGAUGGACAAAUGAAUGAUUCACGUGUUAAUGUUGGAUUAGCAUGCACUGCUGCUUUAGCUGGUGCUUCUGUUCUUAAUCAUGCUGAAGUUGUAAAUUUGAUUAAAGAAGAUGGUGGGGACCGGAUUAUAGGAGCAAGGAUCCGCGACAACUUAUCUGGCACGGAGUUUGAGACAUAUGCGAAAGUGAUAGUGAAUGCGGGUGGACCAUUUUGUGACUCUGUUCGCAAGCUGGCUGAUAAAGAUGCGAAACCGAUGAUCUGUCCUAGCAGUGGGGUCCACAUAGUCCUCCCCGAUUACUAUUCUCCGGAAGGUAUGGGUUUGAUUGUCCCCAAAACAAAAGACGGCCGUGUUGUGUUCAUGCUUCCAUGGCUUGGAAGAACAGUCGCCGGGACCACCGAUUCCAACACCUCCAUCACCAUGCUUCCGGAACCUCAUGAAGACGAAAUUGAAUUCAUACUCGAUGCCAUUUGUGAUUAUCUCAACGUUAAGGUAAGGCGCACGGAUGUUUUGUCUGCUUGGAGUGGCAUCCGGCCUUUGGCAACCGAUCCAAAUGCAAAGAACACAGAGAGCAUCUCAAGGGAUCAUGUUGUGUGUGAAGAUUUUCCAGGUUUGGUCACCAUUACUGGUGGAAAGUGGACUACAUAUAGAAGCAUGGCUGAAGAUGCAGUUGAUGCAGCUAUCAAGUCGGGGAAUUUAAACCCGAAAAACACGAGUUUGACAUCAAACAUACGACUUGUGGGUGGAGAGGGAUGGGAUCCUGCGUUUUUCACAGUUCUUGCUCAAGAAUACGUACGAAUGAAAGUUGCACAUAAUGGAAAAAUUGUUCCUGGAGUUAUGGACACUGCAGCUGCUAAACAUUUGUCCCAUUCCUAUGGCACCAUGGCUGAGAAAGUAGCUUCCAUAGCUCAGAAAGAGAAUUUGGGGAAACGGUUGGCCCACGGGUACCCGUAUCUUGAAGCUGAGGUGGCGUAUUGUGCACGAAAUGAAUACUGUGAAUCUGCGGUUGAUUUUAUCGCGAGGAGAUCACGCCUUGCUUUUUUGGAUACUGAUGCAGCAGGCAGAGCACUGCCACGUGUCAUUCAGAUAUUGGCGGAUGAACACCGUUGGGAUAAAAAGAGGCAGAAGGAAGAGUUUCAGACUGCAACGCGUUUUCUUCAAUCUUUUAAGGGAAAGGAGGGAAAGCGACACAACAAUAAUACAAACGACAAAGGGGCCCCCAUCCCCAUAGAAUGGAAGGCGGGAACGUACACACCACACACGCACGACCGCCGUCCAGCCGGCUGGCCGGAGUUUCAACGGGCAAAUACUCUCUCUCUCCCUGUCACAAUCACGAGUAAUUGUUUAUGCUUGGCACACUGUUACAAUCGUGCCGGCCUCACUCCCUCUGCCAGAAUGCUGAACAAUGGUAGCAGUAAGCAUGAGAAACAGCAUGUUACGCCACCGCCUUCUGCUAGAACUGUUGGCAGCGGAGGUGCUCCCUCCGUUCGCUCUAAAACACCGUCUUCUUCGGCUUCCAGACGUUCUGUUACCCCCAAUUCUCGUUCUCACACUCGGCAGAGCGACGAUGAUGCAGAACCUGGAAGAGUGAGAGUUGCCAUUAGACUACGGCCAAAAAACACAGAGGAUCUUUCAGAUGCUGAUUUUUUCGACUGUGUAGAACUUCAACCUGAGCUUAUGAAACUGAAGUUGAAGAAAAACAAUUGGAGUUCCGACUCUUACAGAUUUGAUGAAGUAUUUACAGAAUCUGCUUCUCAAAAGCGUGUCUAUGAGGCAGUAGCAAAACCUGUAGUUGAGGGUGUGUUGAAUGGGUAUAAUGGAACAAUUAUGGCUUAUGGUCAAACAGGAACUGGCAAAACUUAUACACUUGGCAAAUUGGGAAAGGAUGAUGCAUCUGAGAGAGGAAUUAUGGUUAGGGCUUUGGAGGACAUCAUUGCUAGUGCAUCUCCAGCAUCUGAUAGUGUGGAAAUGUCCUAUCUACAGAUCUAUAUGGAAAGUGUUCAAGAUUUACUUGCUCCAGAAAAAGUCAACAUUCCAAUUGUUGAUGAUCCAAAAAAUGGGGAAGUCUCAGUGCCUGGUGCAGCAGUUGUCAAGAUUCAAAAUCUUGACCAUUUUUUGCAUUUACUACAAAUUGGAGAAGCAAAUCGCCAUGCAGCAAACACAAGAAUGAACACUGAAUCUUCUCGUAGCCAUGCAAUUCUUAUGGUAUCUGUUAGAAGAUCUGUUAUUGAUAAAGAAGAAAACAACACAUCUUUUCAAGGGAAAGAUGAUACAAGUGUGUUAGUUGGUGGCCAUGUGAUACCAACUGUUCGAAAAAGCAAGCUGCUUUUAGUUGAUCUUGCAGGUUCUGAACGCCUGGACAAAUCUGGGAGUGAAGGUCACUUGGUUGAAGAGACAAAAUUUAUCAAUCUAUCUCUUAGUUCCCUUGGAAAAUGUAUAAAUGCAUUGGCUGAAAAUAGCCCUCAUAUACCAACAAGAGAUUCUAAGCUAACAAGAUUGCUUCGUGACUCUUUUGGAGGCUCUGCAAGAACAUCUCUAAUAGUAACAAUUGGGCCAUCUUCUAGAUACCAUACAGAAACUGCAAGCACCAUAAUGUUUGGACAACGGGCCAUGAAAGUAGUAAACUAUGUAAAGUUAAAAGAAGAGUUUGAUUAUGAGAGUUUGUGUCACAAACUUGAGAAUCAAAUUGAUAUACUCACAAAGGAGGUAGACAGACAACAAAAAUCCAAAGCAGACAACACAUUAAGAUUGGAGAGUAAUCUCAAAGAGUGUCAAAAUAGCUUUGAGGAAGCUGAAAAGUCAUUAAUUGCAAGGUGUGAGUUGUUAGAGAAGGAUAAAUCUCAACUGGAAUCAGAAAUGAAAGAUGUUUUAAAGGAGUUGAAUUAUCAGAAAGAUCAGAAUGAGAUAAUUUACAAAGAAGUUGAGCGUCUAGAAAGAAGUUUGAAGCAUUGUGAGAAAUUCGAGGUUGAAACAUCAACAUACCAGAAGGUACUUGCAGACACAACACAAAUGUUUGAGGAGAAAAUAUCUGAAUUAAUGUCACAUUUAGAUGAUGAACGAGAAAGGUCAAACAACAUUGACCAACAGUUAAGUUCUAUGAAAAAUCUACUAAGCAGUCAUGAAAAGUCAAUGGAGCAAUAUGAGAUUGAACGUACUACAUACCAAAAGGCACUUGCAGAAACCACUCAGAUGUAUGAGAAAAGAAUUAUGGAGCUGGUUAUACAAGUGGAGGAUGAACAUGCAAGAUAUGUUGGUUUGGAAGAUGACAUGAUUUCAUUAAAGAAAGCUUCAAGUGAUCAUCAUAGUUCACUACAAAUCCAAGGGCAAGAGGAGAUUGACACUCUCAGAAAGGAAGUACAAGAAAUGUCUCAGCUUCAUGAAGCAGCUCUUGAUGAACUUGAGUUAGUGAAAACAGAAUAUAAGAGUUUAUCAUCAGAGAAGGAUAAAUUAAGCAAUGAACUUUACACUGUAAGAGAAGCCCUUUCACUUGAGGAGAAACGAAGGAAGGCAGUUGAAAAAGAGCUAAGUAGUAUAAAAAAUGCAGUACCCGAAAGCGAGGAUGACUUUGAGGACAAGAGACCAUCCAUGAAAGAGAAUAUUGCACGAGGAUCAACAAAUGGGGCCCCCUUGGGUCUACACAAUUCAAACAAAUCAAGAGAAUCAAAUUCUUUUCAGCGUACCACUAUAGCUAAGAUAUGUGAAGAAGUUGGGCUUCAAAAGAUAUUGGCACUAUUGCAAUCUGCUGAUUUAGAUGUCCAAACACAUGCAGUGAAAGUGGUGGCAAACCUUGCUGCUGAAGAUAUAAAUCAGGAAAAAAUUGUACAAGAAGGUGGUCUAGAUGCAUUGCUGAUUCUAUUAAGAACCUCCCAGAAUACAACGCUACUUAGGGUUGCUUCUGGAGCCAUUGCGAAUCUUGCAAUGAAUGAAUUGAAUCAAGGAUUGAUUAUGGGUAAAGGAGGUGCUGCUUUACUAGCACAUACAGCAUCAAAAACAGAUGAUCCUCAAACUCUCAGAAUGGUAGCUGGAGCAAUUGCAAAUUUAUGCGGAAAUGAAAAGUUACAUUUACUGCUGAUUGAACAAGGAGGUGUUAGAGCACUUUUGGGGAUGGUUAGAUCUGGAAAUAAUGAUGUCAUCGCUCAGGUGGCUCGGGGAUUAGCAAAUUUUGCUAAAUGUGAAACUCGAGCAAUAACUCAAGGACACAAGGAAGGUCGUUCUCUUUUAAUGGAUGAUGGUGUCCUUUCAUGGUUGCUUGCAAACUCAAAUACUUCCUCAAUAUCAACCCGCCGUCACAUUGAGCUUGCUCUUUGUCAUUUAGCACAAAAUGAGGAUAAUACUAGGGAUUUUGUGACAAGUGGAGGAGUUAAACAACUUGCAAGAAUUUCGGUGGAAUCGAGUAGAGAUGAUAUUCGUAACUUGGCAAAGAAGAUAUUGAGAUUGAAUCGUGCAUUUCAAGCAGAGGUGCAACAUGGAUAAUGCAAGGUUAAUUUAGUCAUUUUGAAGAAAUAAUGUACAUUAACAAUGAGGUGUAUUGAUGUUGUAACUUGAUUGUGUAAAA